UAGCCUUAUUAUAAAAUUUUGAAAAAUUUAAAAGAAUUCAUAAAAUGAAUAGAAUAUGCACAAGAUAUUUAAAUAUACUUAAUAAAAUUUACUUUCAAAAGUCUUACACAUCAGCCGUCGUGUUAGACCGUAACCUUUGCUUUAAAAGUGAUUUGUCUUUAGAUAAAAUUUAUCCGAAUAGUCGCUUAAAGAUUUUUACACCAAAUCCGCCAGCAAGUACAGGCGAUAAGUUUUCUGGUUAUAUACCUCUUGAAAAAUUGGAAAUAACAUAUAGUCGCAGCUCUGGGCCAGGCGGUCAACAUGUCAACACUGUAAAUACUAAAGUCGAUUUACGCUUCAAAUUGAGCGAAGCCAAUUGGCUACCUGAAAAAACGAAGCAAAAACUUAUGAUUGGACUUCAAAACAAAAUCACCAAUGAGGGCUACUAUGUGAUUAAAAGUGAUUUAACGCGGUCACAACAGCUAAAUUUAGCAGAUGCGUUGGAGAAAUUGCGUUCAUUAAUAAGGGAAUAUGAAAUUGAAACAGCCCCUCCUAAGGAAGAAACUUUAGAAAAAAUUCGUAAAAGGCAGCUGAAAUCGGCUCGUGAACGAUUAUUUCUCAAACGACAAAGAUCGCAAAUUAAAACCGAUCGUCAAAGCCCAUCAAAUGUCGAUUUUUGAAUAUGAAUGAAAUAUAAAUAAAGUUAUUUAUAAA